GUGCAUUUUAAACUCUUAUAUCCUGUGUUUUGACUUUUGACUUCUUUUGUAAUAAAUCAUUAGUUUUCCAUCAAGCUUAGGGGACAAAAUAGGCAGCUCAAUGGCCAUUUGACCACCAUAAUAGAAGUGAAAUUGCAAGAUAUGUGUCAUUCAGUGGCCAUCAGGUGACUCCAAUGAUGUGUUUAGUAUUUCUUCCAUGGAAACCAUUGCCUUGUGUGACAAUGCGAAGCCUGGGGAUACAUCUGUGUCUAUGUGGAUAAUACUACAUUUCAUGCUGUCUUCCGUACACUCAGUAAAAACAAAUCAAAGUUGCAUACUAAUGUCUAAAAUAGAACAACAACGGCAGAAGAGAGCAUCAUUAAUAAGAUAUGCAUUUGAUUAAGCUUCAUGUGUGUAAUUCACCUUGUAUGUAAUCUUUCUUAAUUCAUAACCUCAGUUUGUCAAUAAGAUAUGUUUUUGUCUUCUGCUUAACCAGCAAAUGUUCUGGGAUGCUCAAACUGCCAAAAAGGGUUUAGCUAAGGGGUAUGAGCAGCUAGCAAUUUGGGUUGGAGAUGCUGAAAUGGGGUGUGAAAAUUUGCAAACAGAACUUGAAAGUGAUUCCGAAUGGGAACUUUGUAAAUAAUUAGUGAAGAGGUUGCUGCUCAAUGUAACUGGAUUGAUCUCCAGGGCUCUUGCUUGUGCGGGCAAAAUCAACGUACCAUGAAUAAUAAAAAAUGGUGGGUUAU